CUGAACUGUGAUGGGAGGCCAUGCAUCUAGUGGCAAAGCUUGUACCGCUAGUGGAUAAAUAGACUGUUGCCGUUAGUGUCUUGGAAGCUUACUACGGUGCUUGAUAAACAGAGUGGUACAAUUUACAGGUUAGUAGCGCUGUACCCAUAACAUGUAUCCCGUCCUUAAUUGUUGAUAGUCUACAAAUUCAUUGGCUAGUUUCUUGCCUGGGUCCAAUUAUCAACAAAACUCUUCUCCCUCAUCUAAAAUCUAUUAUUAUGGUUUUAUCACUCUCCUACCUACUUGUUUAGCACAAUAAAGUACCAUGAGCUAGCCCAAAUCACACCUUUCUAAAUAAAUUUGUGCAGGAUUACCAUAUCUCGUUUUAGUACUAUAUAUUAUCUUUCCAAUUUUAAUUCAAAUGUUAGUAAGUUGAGUCUGAGGUCCUGAAACCCAUUUUUACUAGUGCUUGUUGUACAAUAAAUACUGUUACAAGGCACACAUUAAAGCAGAAGUUGUGUUAAUUUGUGACCCAUACAUCAGAUAUCUGUUACUACCAAGGACAAAGAAUCUAAUAGUAUUAUUCUGUGGCGAAUAAUAUUUACUAUAAUACCUGUCCUCUGGGAAUUAAGAGAAUAAGCUAGUUUGUAGUUUAUCUUAGGUAAUACAGUUUCAAGAAAGUUAUUGUAUUACAGACUUUUCUAAUAUCUAUACUAUUGUCCAAAUGAUCAUAUUUGUUAAUCUAUAGUUGUUAGUGACAACUUAUGUUACUUUAAUCUACUUUAAGUUUUUGGUUUAUUUUUCUCUUCAACUUUGUCAAAUGGUUUUAGAUUUUGCCUAUGUAUAUCCUCCGUAGGAAUAAGAACACACACAUUUGAUUUAUAGAUAUAUUAUUAUCAAUAGUCUUUAUGUAUGUUUCAAGGCAGUGGUUACUAUAAUUAACCCAAUAGUAAUGAGCAGUAACGUACUCUAUUUUCUGGUACAUAUUUCUGUAACAAAUAGUUUCUUCAUGUACGUUUAAGGCAUUUAUAAUGCCGAGUUAUGUUGCCACUGUUAGUUUGAAAUAUAUAGGGUUGUUCUUGAACAUCUAGGAAAUAGUAGCGAUGUUAUUACCACGUAUACCUUGCGGGUUAUUUUAUAAUGACUUCUGUGAUUGUGCAACACAAUGGCAGUCUACAUUUCUCAGUUCUAUCAUUACUUAAUAUCUUAUGUUUAUUGUGUGUUCUGAAAGCCUUGUUAAUUUUGAUUUGCUUCCAUUCUCACGGAUCUUCGAUGACUGGGGCUUCUAUCGAAAUGAGCAUCAAGAAGCUACCAAUUCUAUGAUAUAUUUAAAAAUAGUCGUUUGUACUUAGUGUAAUCAAGGUAUUCUGUAAUUGGAAAAAACUUGGUUCACUUGUUUGCGUCUCUCUCUAGCUAAAUAGAAGUACCAGAUGUUAGACUUUCUUACAGGUUGAUCCAGGUUACGUAUCGUUUCCUUCUUAAUACUUUAAUUGUUUAAUAUGGAAGAUAUUAAAAUUGUGAUUUUCCUCUUUUAUUUUAUCUCAUUACAGUAAAUAUGUCAACGGAACAAAUAAUACAAAAUGACAGCGACUUACCUCCUCCAUACUAUCAAAUAAAUCACGAAUAUAUUCGUCGUUACAAACGUAGAACUCAUUGCGCUUACUUCACAUUAAUUAUAUCAGGCAUUGUAAUGAUGCUAUUCGGUGCCCUUAUUCUCGUGAUUUUGAUACCACAAGAAAUAAAUUUAUAUCGAUGGAAUAUAAAAGGACCCUUAUCAAGACUUUUUAAUCACGGCAAAACUGUUUUACUAAUUAGUAUGGAUGGAUUUCGUCAUGAUUAUAUAGAAUUGGCUAAAACUCAUCUGGGCUCUAAUGCAUUACCGAAUUUCGAUCGUUUAAUAUCGGAAGGUGUGCGAGCUAUGGAAUCGAUCAAUGUUUAUCCUACAAUUACUCUACCUAAUCAUCGUACAUUGAUUACCGGUUUGUAUCCUGAAAAUCAUGGAGUUGUUGGGAAUAGUCUACUGGAUAAGAAAUGGCCAAAUGAAAUUUUCAGUAUAUAUGAUCAGGAAAGCCUAAAUCAUGCUCCGUGGUUAACUGAUUGGCCUGAACCUAUAUGGGUUACAUUACAAAAAAAUGGUGGCUAUGCUGGCUCACUUUUAUGGCCUUUAACUGAUCAGUUUGUUAGCGAUGAUUUACCAUUCCAACGAGUUUCACAAUAUGCUUUACUUAAUGACUAUGAACACCGUUAUGCAUAUGAUCAACGAAUCAGAGAUAUAUUAUGGUGGUUGAAAAAUCCUAAAUAUCAUUUAAAUUUAAUUUUAGCUUAUUUUGAAGAGCCCGAUGAAACUGGUCAUUCAUACGGUCCAAAUAGUAAACAUGUUGCAAAAGUUGUUCAAACCUUAGAUGAAACACUUGGUCAUCUAUUAGACGGUAUUAAAAAACGUGGCCUUUCUGAUAAAGUAGAUAUUAUUCUAACUGCUGAUCAUGGUAUGUCUGAAACAUCAAAUACUCGUCUUAUUCCGUUGGACAAAUAUAUCGAUAAUUCUUUGUACAAUUAUACUCAAUUAUCAACUAUGGGAUUUCUUUAUCCUGCACCUGGAAAAUUCGAAGAAGUGUACAAACGUUUAAAAAAUGCGCAUCCAAAAUUAGAUGUGUAUCGAAGAGAUGAAGUUCCUACCUAUCUGAAUUUCAACAUAACCAACUCUCGUAUGCCUCCAUUGAUACUUAUUGCUAAGCCAAGUUGGAAAAUUGUAAAGAACACUUCACAUCCUUACGCCAAUGUUUCUGGUGAUCAUGGUUAUGCAACAGAUUUCUCUGAAAUGUAUCCAUUCUUCAUUGCAAGUGGCCCUUCUUUCAAGAUUGCUGAGAGCGUUCCUACUGUCCAUGCUGUAGACGUUUAUCCACUAAUGUGUGCACUAUUAAAUAUUCAACCAAAUACAAACAAUGGUAGCCUAGAACGUAUUUCAAACAUACUGAAACCUGAUGUUGCCAAUCGCCUUUUGAAUUUGAAUAGUUGGUCAUAUUUAUGGAAAUGGAUCAUAUUUGAUUUAAGAUUUAUUUUAUUUAUUUCAAUUAUAUGCGUUUCAUUCAUGAUUUUACUGUGUUCAAUCGUAGUUGUGAUGAAUCGUAAAGAAACCAAUGAACCAUUCAUUCGUCUACCCAUUGAUAAUGAUAAAGAGUUUUCCGAUUAUACUACAUGAAGGUGUUUAGUAACUAUAAUUCUUGCUCAG